CAACGACUUUCUCAAUCCCGUGUGCCGCCCUGCCCGAGCCCACACCGCACCACCCAAACCAACGUCCCCCCGGGUCACGGAAACCAUGUGCCGCGCCACGUUCCCACGCGCCGGGCGCCACUAAAAUCAGCAGCACCUGGCCUCCACGCACCGCCCGAAGCUCUCCGCGGCAGCAGCAAGCAAGGAACAGCAGAGUCACCAGCAAGCCAGCAAACUAAACCAUGGCGAGGUCAGGGCCGGAAGGGGGAGAGGGCGGGGGCGGGGAGGAGCGGAGGCUGGUGCUGGGCAAGUACGAGCUGGGCCGGAUGCUGGGGCAGGGCACCUUCGCCAAGGUCUACUACGCGCGGGACCUCAGCGCCGCGGCGGCGGGCUCCGGCGCCGGCAGCAGCGUGGCGAUCAAGGUGAUCGACAAGGCGCGGCUGCGGCGCACGGAGGGGAUGGUGGAGCAGCUGCGCCGGGAGAUCUCCAUCAUGCGGAUGGUGCGCCACCCCAACGUGGUGGGCAUCCGGGAGGUGCUCGCCUCCCGCUCCCGCGUCUUCGUCGUCAUGGAGUACGCGCGCGGCGGGGAACUCUUCGCCAAGGUGGCCCGCGGCCGCCUCACCGAGGACCACGCGCGCCGCUACUUCCAGCAGCUCGUCGCCGCCGUCGGCUUCUGCCACCGCCGCGGCGUCGCGCACCGGGACCUCAAGCCCGAGAACCUGCUCCUCGACGAGGACGGCCGCCUCAAGGUCACCGACUUCGGCCUCGCCGCGCUGCCCGAGCAGCUGCGCCACGACGGCCUGCUCCACACGCAGUGCGGCACCCCGGCGUACGUCGCGCCCGAGGUGCUCCGGAAGCGCGGCUACGACGGCGCCCGCGCCGACCUUUGGUCCUGCGGCGUCGUGCUCUACGUCCUGCUCUGCGGAUUCCUCCCGUUCCAGCACGACAACUACGCCAAGAUGUACCAGAAGAUCUUCAAGGCCGACUACCAGGUGCCGCCGUGGGUCUCCGGCGAGGCGCGCCGCCUCAUCGCGCGCCUGCUCGUCGUCGACCCCGCCAAGCGCGCCUCCAUCGCGGAGAUCAUGCUCACGCCCUGGUUCAGGAAGGGCUUCGUCCCGCCCGUCCUGUCGCCACAGGUGUCGCCCAAGAAACGGUUGGUCGACGAAGACGAUGUCGGCGCCCUCCUCGAGGGCGGGGGCGACAACAGCAGCUCCGCCUCUGUAGACUCGCCCCGGUCGUGCAACGCGUUCCAGCUCAUCUCCUCCAUGUCCUCCGGGUUCGACCUGUCGGGGCUGUUCGAGAGCGAGCAGAAGGCCGCGACGGUGUUCACGUCCCGCGCGCCGGCGGCCGCCGUGGCGGAGAAGCUGGAGGUCGUGGGACGCGCCCUGGGGUUCGAGGUCACUAGGGGGACCAAGGGCUGGAAUCUGCGGCUGGAGGCCAAGGUCGAGGGCACGAACGGGUGGCUCGCGGUCACCGCCGAGGUGCUCGAGGUGGCCGCGGACGUGGCCGUGGUCGAGUUCGCGCACGACGCCGGGGACGCGCUGGACUUCAACAAGUUCUGCGCAGAGGACGUGCGCCCGGGGCUCGCGGAGAUCGUCUGGGCGUGGCAGGGCGACAGCUCGCCCGCGCCGGCCGCCGUCGCCGGGUGCGCGCGAUGAACAGAGAACGCGUCCGUUCCGGCGUCCAAUCCGUGAUGGAGAAGAGCUGAACCGAAGAGAGGAGUUUGUAGACACGAAUAUACAUGACGAGUCGAGUUGAGGCAGGGUGUAUGUGCUCGAUCGGCUUGCAAAUUUUGGUAGCAAUCUGUACGUGCGGAGUUGUGUUUUGUGUACAUACAAAAUUUUGUUCAUGAUGAUCAAAUUUAGUUCUGGUCCCCAUAUGAUA